AAACUCAAGUAGAUCCAGAGGAAGAAGCACCCGCGAAAUAUGGCUCCUGCACGUCGCCCACCGCCCGCAUACACGGCUCCCCCAGACUCAGGGGUCCAUGCGAUCUCGCAAGUCUACAGAUCCAUCUCCAACACGGCCAACGAUCCCUCCCAGCGCGUCCUCGAGUCAUCCUUCACGAUCCGACCAUGCUCCGGGCAAGCGUGGGUGGUCCCCGCCGGCCACAUCUGCCGUCUCACCACCCCGAAGGGGCCACAGGUGGGUGAUCUGAACAUCUGGAACGCGAACAACCCCCGGGAGCGACUGUGGGCUGCACGUACCCGCCAGAUCCAUGCCUCCCACGUGUCCGUGGGCGACCGGCUCUGGUCCAACCUGCCGUACCUACGUCCCCUGGUCUCCAUCACCGGAGACUCGCUCGCCGGCGGCCAGCUCCAUGAAAUCCUGGACGAAGAGGGCAAGAAGAAAGAAGGGAAGGGCUUUGGGACCACGCAGUUCGGCGGACGCGUGCACGACCUCCUGGGCACUCGCUGCGACCCUUACGUCAACCUCGUCAUGGGCGGCGAGAGCUUCGACUUCCACUGCCAUUCGAACCUGACCCGGGCGGUGGUGCCGUAUGGGCUGACCGAGCUCGAUGUGCACGAUGUGCUCAACGUGUUUCAGGUGACGGGACUGGACGAGCAGGGCAAAUACUUCAUGGAGACUUCGCCGGCCAAAGCGGGGGAGUAUUUUGAGUUUUUCGCGGAGGUGGAUGUUUUGUGUGCGCUUUCCGCGUGCCCUGGAGGCGACUUGUCGGAAUGGGGCUGGGAGGAGAAGGCGGACAUGGGGGCUACAACUCGUCCUUUGGGGGUGGAAGUAUACAAGCUCGCGGACGCGACGGUGUUAGAAGGAUGGAACGCACCCCAGAGUCCCAAAUAUCUGGGCGCACAUGGCAUGAAGAUGCCACAGAGGGAGGAUGAUGGAACGGGGUAUGUUGGACUGUAACAGGGAAAUCAGGUCUCUGCAGCUUAGAUUAUCGCUCUGUACGUUUAGUAGUGUAAUGCUUCCCAAUUUGCACACAGAAAUGAAACUGAUAGAUGCGGCAUCCAAAUCGC